CGCAGGCAGCGGGGGCUGGGGGCCGGACCCUCGCCACUCCGGGCUGGCGGCUCCUGGCGACUCGCCCCCCCCCCCCCCCCCCCCCCCCCUUCUUCCCUCAGCCGGAGUGUCAGGCCGCCCCUGCCGCCGACAUCAUGUUCGCCUGCGUCCGCUUCCUGCAGAGCCAAGUGCACCACAUCGUGCCCGUGUCUCAGAUCAGAAAUUUCCAGCCGGCCUCCAAGAGCGACUUCAACAAGAAGCAAGUCUACCGGCUGAUGCUGCCGGGCAGCGGGGCGGGAGAGCCGGAGAUGGGCGCCGCGGCCAAGGGGGGUCAGUGCCGCAAGGCCCAGAUCCUGGCUCUGGGAGACAGCAGACAAGAACUGGAAAAAAUUUUGAAAUUGAAAAAGUGCAAAAUGCCAAAAGUAAUUGAUAAUUUCAUUGAACUGUCUGAAUCAGAAGAUGGUGACAGUGCUGAAGAUGAACCACAUCAAUUCAACAACAUUCAGGAGCAAGAUAUCUCCUGCUUUGAAGAUAGCAGUGAUGAUGAUGAUGACCAAACACUGAAGAUUUUUGAUGAACUAAAACACAAAUAUUCUCGGGCCAAGGCUAACAAUAAAAAGUUGAUUCAGGAGCUUAAAAAAGUUACAAAUAAACUUCGGUUUGUUGAAGAAAAGCAAAAAGAUUAUGAACAUAUGGCUUCUGAGUUACAAAGGCUGAGGGACCUCAAUAUGGAUCUUCAGAAUGCACUGCUUUUGAAGUUAUUUAGACUACCAGAACAGUACCAUGGUUCCAAUCCCGAAGAGGAGUUGAUUGAUAACGCAUCUGCCCACCAGCUAAUUUCCAGUCCUCCAGUAACUUCAAUUCUGCAGGACCAUUUGAAUAUGCAACAAAGAAUUUAUCCUUGUAAGAAAAGUCCUCAUCCUCUUCUUCCAGCUCCAAGUACUUCUGAUCAUCUGGAUAGUCAGACUGAAAAUGGAAACAGUAUGGUGCCAGGUCCGUGGGCUGCAACGCAAGCCAUUGCUAUGGCUCAGCCCAGUGUUUACUCUGUUCAGGACGGAAAGGUUCACAUUGGAGCUAAUAUAUGGAUUGAUGAGGACAAGUGGGAAACAGUGAAACGUCAGCCAAGUGAUUCAAGGUUUACAAAGUGUUUGGCUGUAGCUGUGUGGGGAGUAGAUACCCUGAAGGACAGAAGUGUCACUGGAAUUGCAUGCAAUUCAACAAAAUCAUCUCCUAAACCACCACUUUCUCCCUACAAAGUACAGAUUAUUAAAGAACAAUUGCUGAACAGAAUACGACAAGAUGCCAAAGAUGACAAUGAGAUCCAUAAGCGAUUAAAUAAAGUCAAUCGGUAUAUUGGGGAAAAAAUAAUGGACAUUAAUAAGCAAUGGCGAAAAGCCAAGGCAGAAAUAUCAAAGUUCAGAAACUGUGAAUGUGAGAUUCAUGCACAUUGUGAGAGAUCGGAAGUACCCAUCAAGGAAGAAAUUGAAACCUUUAUCUAUGAAUAAUCUAGUGAGAAUUACUGUUUUGCAUGAUCAGAAAGUUCUGUUCAUGGAUAUUAUUAAUAAUGUACAACUGUUACUUGAUUACAGUGAAAUCUGUUUGUACUCAUUUGUUUACCAUAGAAUGGUAUUGCAGAAAACUAUUUUCUAUUAAUUUCUGUGUUAUUGACCACUUUUAUAACUGUUAGAUCAGUGAAACUGUACAGAUAAUUAUGAUAUGUAGAAUUCUGCAAAAGCAAGCCAUUUGACCCAUUGCACAUCCACCGUGUCUCAGUGCUCGCUCCUUCCUUUUCCUCCCCUUCUCCCAUUAAAGGCUUUUAUAGAUUAUGCAUUUAUGACUAUUUCCAUCGAACAGCUUUGAGUUCGAUAAUUCUUCGUUUUCACUUUGUUAUUUUGGUAUUGUUAUUUUUUAAUUUAUGCCUUCCAAAUAUGGGAUCAUACAUCAUUGAAUGUAGUUAUUUUCCUUUCUAUUUUAUAGUCCUUUAUGAUUUUUAUUAUUAUUGUAAUUUACUGAGUCAGAUAUCUUUAGUUGACUGUGAAACAAUGAAAGAAUAUGAAUAUGUGUGGUUUGUCCUUAUAACUAAACUUUCCCAUUCAUAUGAUCUUGCUGAUUUUCUUCUGUAUUCUCUCUACUAUCUUGAUAUAAUUUCCAAAAUGUCAGGGGAAAAAAGAUAAAACUCAAAUUGUGGCUUAACCGAUAACAUGUACAGCUUUGCGUUUGUAUUCAGUGUACUGAUUUAUAAAACAUAGGAUCUUGUAUAGUUUUCUUUAUUGCAGUUUUAUGAACCAUUUAGUUUCUGGCUGUAGACCUCACUGGAAAGGUUACAUUGAUUUCAUAGGAAGGUAAUUGUGCUCUGUUUUCCUGGAAGUUACACUGCCCAGUACUUAAAUAGCAAUUAAUAUUCACACCAUAUAUCUGAGCAAGCUUCUACAGUGUCCAAGUCUUGUUGCAUGUGGGCUGGGGUAAUUUACUUGGUGAAUUGCAAACUGAAAUUAAAAAGUACAAUCAUCAGUGCAGUACACCUCUCUGACAUAGUAGAGAAAAAUUAAUUGAAGAAGAAGUUAAAUAUAGUUGUGUUUAGGUCAAUGUCCUGAUUAGAAACAUAUUCUUUUCCAGUGUGUAUGACUCUAGCCUCUGGAAAAUUUAAUCUCCAGAUCGUUAUUGACUUCAGUUUGACCGGGACUCUUUGUAUCAUAUAUAGUCAACUAUUCCCUCGGAGGGCACCCAUUUGUGCUUCAGCUGAACAUUUUUGUUUGACUAUACUGAUCUGAAUCUCUUAGUUGUCUGACACCCUACUAAAGUUUUAUCAUUUAUUGUAAAUUUCCCAAACUUAUCAUGUGUUCUGCCUUCUAUUUGUCAUAAAAUUUUAGUACAUUGGAAUAAAUAUAACAGCACUCCA